CAGGGGCGUGUGAUACGAAUAGACACUACAGAAAAAUUUGUUGUGCUUGACAAGGGAAAGGUGUUAAUAUUUCUUUCUUUCUUUUUUUUUUUUUUUUUUAAAAAAAGGUGUUAUCUUGCAACGAUGGUAUUGGAAACUUAACGGUAUUUAACUUUUUACAGGAAGUAAGUUAUUCACACCUCAUCCUCUACACUGGGUCAGAUGGACCUUUUCCUGGUUAAUGCAAUAUUAUGGAUUCCUACCAGAAAGCAAUUGUGAAGUAUGAAGAUAUUGUUAAAGAGGUCCAGGCAACUGACUCGGUGCUUGUGAUUGGUGGGGGAGCCACUGGGGUGGAAAUGGCUGCUGAAAUCAGGACAGAAUAUCCAAACAAGAAGAUGUGGAUUUUAUGGAUUGGAGGACUUUUAAACUGGCUUUUUGGGGUGGUAUAUGGUGCGGAGGUAUGCUUUGACAAGCUGGGAUGCUUUUCUGAUGAGAUUCCAUGGAGUGGCACUACUGAAAGACCCAUCGCACGCCUACCAUGGAGUCCUGAGAGGAACAAUGCCCGCUUUCUUCUUUUCACACAACAGAACACUGAUUACUACGAGGAAAUCAGUACAAAUGCAAAUGUCAUUGCAGAGUCUACAUAUCGACCAAGCAGAAAGACUCGUUUUAUAACCCAUGGAUUUCUCGACAAAGGGGAUGAAAAUUGGCUUCUUGACAUGUGUAAGCUUAUGCUGAGCCUGGAGGAUAUAAACUGUAUUUGUAUAGACUGGAAAUCUGGUUCAAGGACAGGAUACGUACAGGCAGUGAAUAACAUUCGAGUGAUCGGAGCUCAGAUAGCUUAUAUGAUUUCCAUCUUUAAGGAAAGUUUCCAGCAGAAUCCUGAAAAUGUGCACAUUAUUGGGCACAGCCUGGGUGCACACAUGGCUGCAGAGGCUGGUCAAAGGACACCGGGGCUGGGAAGAAUUACAGGUUUGGACCCGGCUGAACCUUAUUUCCAGGGAUGUCCUCCUCUGGUAAGACUGGACCCCAGCGAUGCCCUGUUUGUUGACGUCAUUCACACAGAUGCGCUUCCUAUGAUCCCCUGCCUUGGACUUGGAAUGUCUCAAGCUAUUGGACACCUUGACUUUUACCCAAAUGGAGGAGAAAGCAUGCCUGGUUGUGAAAAGAAUAUAAACUCAGAAACUGUUGACAUUGAUGGCAUUUGGGAAGGUAUCCGUGACUUUUUUGCCUGCAAUCAUCUGAGAGCCUACAAGUACUACAGUGAUAGCAUCCUAAACCCCAAAGGCUUUCUAGGAUACCCCUGUUCUAACAAGACCAUGUUUGAGUCUGGGCAUUGCUUCCCAUGUGCGUCCAACAGUUCAUGUCCUUUCAUGGGACACCAUGCUGACCAAUUUAAAGUGCCCAAUGGAGUUGAUAAGAUGAAGUUCCAACUGAACACAGGCGAUGCUCGGCCCUUCUCACGUUAUCGCUAUAAGGUGACCGUCACUAUUGAUGGCUCUCAAACUAAUGUAGGAUACUUCAAAGUGGCUUUAUAUGGUGUGGAUGGAAAUACUCGCCAGUAUCAGAUUCACAAUGGCAUGCUGUCACCUGGUAGUACCUAUGAGCUCCUCAUGGAUGUUGAAAAGGACGUUGAUGAAUUGACUCAUGUAAAGUUUAUAUGGAACAACGAUGUAUUAAACCCUUUGCUGCCUAAGUUUGGUGCCACUCAAAUCAUAGUGCAGAGAGGCCGGGACGGGAAAACGUUCAAGUUCUGUGGAAGUGAGCAGGUGCGAGAGAAUGUCCUUCAGACCCUGUCUCCCUGCCAGUGAUGUAAAUUCAGAUAAUCACAAAUUUAAGGUUUGAAUAUAACAUCUCAAUAAAGCAUCUACCAUAUUAU